UCCUGUCUGCUUUUGCCACAGUACCACCAAUGAGGUGCUUUUAUGGAGGCGUAGGUUAAUGUUUAAUGGCAUUGUAAUAGUUACACAUUGAGAGCUAUUGCCUACAUGGUGCUAUGUACUGCUCAACUUGCUCAGAGGACCGUGAGAAACCCACUGGCAACCAGUCUGUUCCAGAGGCCUGAGAGACACCAAGGUAAGAGAAGGAUCUGAUCUUGUACUAUUUGGGUGAUGGACAGCUCAAAAAAAUGCUAUAAAGUGUGAGGACAUGGAAUAAUUCAGUCUGAUUGGUUUGUGUAUUUUCAUCAACUGCACCUGUGCUGCAUAAGCUAAAUGAAGUGUCCAGAGAUGUUACAUGCAUUGAACGCUGUUGCUUUGAAAGGCUGAGGAAUUUGCAUGGCAGUAAAUACAUAGCACUGAAGGAAGGUAUUAUCUUGCUGAGAAAUUCCAGUCUUUUGUGUUGCUGGUUAAAUUGUGUUGGCCGCAGGCAGCACAAGCUUCACAGAGAGAUGUGCUGCAUUAUGGUGUGCUCACGUAUAUUGUAGCUACAGUUCUGCAGUGAGGUAGGGUUUGAUGCAGGCAACACAUCAGCGCUUUGUAACAAUGAACAGGUCUCUCUGUUACUGGGGAACAGUCAAGUCAAUAAAUUCUUCAGUGUCAAUAUAUUUACCAAAUGUCCUUAACUAAAUUGCUAAUAGUGGCAGUCAGUCCUUGUAAAAAUUCUGCAUCUCAAAGUGGAAAUAUUCUUCCUUAACAAUGAUGGGUAAUUAGUAGCUUGUGAUAUGACAUUUGUAAAAUUAAAUGUGUGUGGAAACAUAAUGUGUUACUAUGUUAUGUAAAGCAUUGUAGAUUACAAUAUUUAACUAUGGGGAUUGUGUAUGUGAGUUGUGAGCAUGUGCAAUGGUGAUAGUUAUGGUCAGCUAGAACGGGUCAGAUCUUUUGGCAACACUAGAUGGGCAGGUUUGUGCGUGGGUGACUGUGCAGUGUUGCCCACUGUAACUGAGAUGUGUCUGUAUGUGAAUUUAUCAUUCUAGAUUCAACAGUAACUCACCUACACCUGGUGCUAGUAUCUACUGAUGAAUGUGACACACUGGGGUGUUAAUACACUGGGGUGUUAAUUCAGUGAUAAAGAGCAUAUCAUUUUCAUCGACUGUUGUUGUUAAAGUAUCAAAUCUGCUCUGUAUUCAACACAGACACAGACAUGCGCCAUAAAUGUUGUUUAUUGCAUGUUGCUUAUAAAAUCUUAAUUAAGAAAAAUGCUUAUCACAUGUUGCUUAUUAUAUGCUGCUGAUUGAAAUGAUAUAAAUCAAUCAAAAUAAUAUAAUUUAUUCGCAAUUCAAAAGUAAUGCUGACCAAUGUUCUUCAAAGAGAAACACAGUAAACCACACAAAAAACAACACAUGUUACAGAAUGGGCACAGAACAAAAUGAUUCUUAGUUUUUUUUAUCUAAUCUCUUGUUGGUCAGCCUUGGAUAGUAUGGGUUAUGACUGGUGGAUUUGUAAAAGUCACACUUGGAGAGUGCCUGUUUUUUCUCAUCUUACUUUGGCCUACUUAUUCUCUCUGCUAUUAUUACUUACACUAAGUGUACAAAACACCUUCCUAAUAUUGAGUUGCACCCCCUUUUACCCUCAGAAUAGCCUCGAUUUGUCAUGGCAUGGACUCUACAAGGUGUCAAAAGUGUUCCACAGGGAUGCUGGCCUAUGUUGACUCCAAUACUUCCCACAGUUGUGUCAAGUUGGCUGGAUGUCCUUUGGGUGGUGGACCAUUCUUGAUGCACACGGAAAACUGUUGAGCGUGAAAACACCAGCAGCGUUGCAGUUCUUGACACACUCAAACAGGUGUGCCUGGCACCUACUACCAUACCCUGUUCAAAGGUGCUUACAUAUUUUUCACCCUCUGAAUGGGACACAUACACAAUCCAUGUCUCAAUUGUCUCAAGGCUUAACCUGUCUCGUCCCUUCAUCUACAAUCUUUGAUGUGAAUUUAAAAAGUGACAUCAAUAAGGGAUCAUAGCUUUCACCUAGAUUCACCUGGUCAGUCUAUGUCAUGCAAAGAGCAUCAAAGGGGGGACUGUAAGAUUUAGACUUAUGGAAUACCAGGAAAUACAUUUGGAGAUGGUUUUGGAUACUAAAGUAAAGAUUCCUAAAAUCAAGAAGUUGCUGCCGUCAAGAAAUUGUUGCAGCUCUAUACAGUACUGUAUGUCCAAUAUCUGUACAGAACAGUGCAAGCUCUGGAACAUUCUCAUUAAGGACAUCAAAAGGCUCUUAUCUGAAUUGAAAUUGCCAAACAGCUAGAUAAAAAACAAACAACAAAAAAACACAUGCAGAUCUCCUUUUCAAAAGGUAGAGACUACCCUCUCACCCAUGGCACAUCUGUGUGACUGUACAAUACAGUAUAUAUAUAUUUAACUUUCUUAUCGCAACAUGUCAAAGCUUGCUAUUAGCGUUACUCCAAGGUCAGAAUCAAACGUUAUUAAACAUUCUGCUGACUGGUAUCAGUAAUAAAUAUGCCUGUUUUUAUUACAUGUUUUAGUAAAGUGAACCUUGCCCUCAGUAGGUGGACCUCUAAGGUUACGUUUACACAGGCAGCCAAAUUCAGAUCUUUUGUCAAUAAUAGGUCUUCUGACCAAUCAGAUCAGAUCUUUAGAAAAUAAUUGGGCAAGGAAAUCAGAGAUGGGAUGCCUGCGUAAACCCAGUCUCAGAUUUCAACAAAAUAAACUAUACUGAACAAAAAUAUAAACGCAACAUGCAACAAUAUCAACGAUUUUACUGAGUUACAGUUCAUACAAUGAAAUCAGCCAAUUGAAAUAAAUUCAUUAGUCCCUAAUUUAUGGAUUUCACAUGAAUGGGCAGGGGCACAGCCAGUAAGAAUUAGUUUUUUUCAGACAAAAGGGCUUUAUUACAGACAGAAAUAGUCCUCAGGUUCAUCAGCUGUCCAGGUGGCUGGUCUCAGACGAUCCUGCAGGCGAAGAAGCCGGAUUAGGAGGUCCUGAGCUGGCGUGGUUUCAUGUGAUCUGCGGUUGUGAGACCGUUUGGACGUACUGCCAAAUUCUCUAAAACGACGUUGGAGGCGGCUUAUGGUAGAGAAAUUCAACAUUCAAUUCUCUGACAACAGAUCUGGUGGACAUUCCUGCAGUCAGCAUGCCAAUUACAAGCUCCCUCAAAACUUGAGAAAUCUGUGGCAUUGUGUUGUGUGACAAAACUGCACAUUUUAGAGUUGCCUUUUAUUGUCCCCAGCACAAGGUGCACCUGUGUAAUGAUCAUGCUGUUUAAUAAGCUUCUUGAUAUACCACAUCUGUCAGGUGGAUGGAUUAUCUUGGCAAAGGAGAAAUGCUCACUAACAGGGAUGUAAACAAAUUUGUGCAUAUGGAACAUUUAUGGCAUCUUAUUUCACCUCAUGAAACAUGGGACCAACACUUUACAUGCUGCAUUUAUACUUUUGUUCAGUGUAGUUAGGAGAAAAGUGUAUCUUGUUGGGUUGAUAUACUGAAAGGAGUACUAUUGCGUUUACUCUCUAGAUAAGGUUAGGACACACUGUUGAAUAGUAGUAGUAUUAGUAUUUAUUAGGAUCCCCAAUUAGCUGCUGCCAAGGAAAACAGAACUCAAAACACAACAAAUAAAAUACAUAAUAUACUGUACAUUUCACUACUUUUACAUAAUUUAGCAGAUGCUCCCAUCUAUACAUUUACAUUUACAUUUUAGUCAUUUAGUAGACGCUCUUAUCCAGAGCGACUUACAGUUAGUGCAUACAUCUUUUUUUUAUACUGGCCCCCCGUGGGAAUCAAACCCACAACCCUGGCGUUGCAAACACCAUGCUCUAUCAACUGAGCUACAUCCCUGCCGGCCAUUCCCUCCCCUACCCUGGACGACGCUGGGCCAAUUGUGCGCCGCCCAUGAGUCUCCCGGUCGCGGCCGGCUGCGACAGAGCCUGGAUUCGAACCAGGAUCUCUAGUGGCACAGUUAACACUGCGAUGCAGUGCCUUAGAUAGCGACCCACAGCUAGUGCAUUCAUCUCAAGAUAUCCAGGCGAGACAACCAAGUAUCACAUAUCAUUACAUAGUACAAUACAUAAUAGAAUGCAAAAUACAUAAAGGUAUCUGUGUCUCUUCACAGUCCCCGUCAUGCCGUAAGGAGUUAUUUUAUCUGGUUUUGAAUCUGGUUUUAUUGCUAGCUUGAGUUACCUGGGGUGACAGAGUUUCAUGUAGUCAUGGCUCUAUUUAAUACUGUGCGUUUCCCAGCCUCUGUUCUGGACCUGGGGACUGUGAAAAGACCGCUGGUUGCAUAUUUUGUGUGGUACAGAUGAGUGUCCAAACUGUGUGCCAACUUCUUCAACAGACAGAUAGGUACCUUCAACACAUCAACACGUCUCACAAAGAGCAAUAGUGAUGCAGUCAAUCUCUCCUCAACUUUGAGCCAGGAGUUAUUGACAUGCAUGUUACUGACAUUCGCCCUCCGUGUACAUCUAAGUGCAAUAGAUGCUGCUUUGUUCUGCAUCAACUGCAGUUUGCCUAUGUCCUUCUUUGCCACACUUGACCACACAGCUGGGCAGUAGUCCAGGUGUGACAAAAAUAAGGCCUGUAGGACCUGUCUGGUUGACUGAGAUGUGAAGAAAGCAGAGCAACGCCUUAUCAUGGACAUACCUCUUCUCAUUUUAGCAACCAUUGAGUCUAUAUGACAUCUUGCCAUCUAGGGUUACACCCAGCAGUUUAGUCUCCUCAACUUGCUCAAUCAUCACAUUAUUCAAUAAUAGACCUAGAUGAGGUUUAGGGUUGAGUGAGUGAUUUGUUCCAAAAACGCUUUUAGGUUUUGAGAUAUUUAGCACCAGCCUAUUGCUAGUUACCCAUUCUAAAACUGACUGGAGCUCUAUGUUAAGGGUGUCAGUUAUAUAUUUUACACAGGUCAGUGGAAGGUCAUUAGUAAAAACAGAAAACAAUAAUGGCCCAAGCCUUCUGCCCUGCGGUACACCACACUCAACCAAAUUUGCAUUAGAUGGACUUCCAUUAAAGAAAACCCUAUGUGCUCUAUUAGCUAGUUAACUCUCAAUCUAUGAUAAGGCAGAGGAUGUAAAUCCAUAACACUUAAGUUUUGUUAACAGUAGGUUAUUAUCAAUGAUAUCAAAAGCCGCACUGAAGUCUAACAAAACAGCUCCCACAAUCUUAUUAUUAUCAUCAAUUUCUUUUAGCCAAUCAACAGUCAUUUGUGACAGUGAGGAGUGAGGUGAGUAGUAAUGGCAUGGUUUCAUAUCUGAACAGAAUGUAAGAAUUCAUCAACAACUCACAUUGUAUAGUUGUGAUGCACUGUCUUUUGUCUUUGCUCAUGUGUUUUGCGAUUUUGAGAGUACAUUUGUGUGGGGGUGUUUCUAUGUGUUUAUACUUGUCUAACUCCCUUCAAUUGAGAUUGACUGUAAUAUGAUGUCCUGUGUUUCCCUGACAGAAAGAUGGUCCAUAAGUCCAUAGUUGUGGGUCUGGUGGUGCUGCUGGUGGCAGCCGUAAGCACGUUUGUGGGUGUCUUCUUUGGGCUGGGGAGCAGGUCGACCUCAAAUAACCAUUCCUACUCCAGGGCUGCCGUGGCAGCCGAUGCUGGCCCAUGCUCAGAAAUCGGCAGGUAAAAACUCUCACACAAACACAUACAGUAUAUGCAGUACUAGUCUCAAACAUUGCCACACCAAGGAAUUACUCAUUUAAAUGUUUUUGUAGACAUCCAGAUACAAUGAUCCCUGUUUCAAGGCAUGCUGUUCCAAACAGGCCUAAUAGCAGAAACCAAGUUUUUCUUGGUCAGAACAUACAAAUAUGCUCCUGCUUCUGAGUCUAUUUAUGUUCAUCCAUCAUCUCAAAUCCUUCCCAUUUUGUCAUCAUAAUUCAUUCUGUCUGUGUAAACUUCCUGCUGUCUCUUUAUGAACUAGUGCAUUUGUAUGCAAAUCAGGGCCACUGAAUAUAAACUUUUGUCUGCGUGGGUGUGUCUGUAAAUUUCAGAGACACAUUGCAGAAAGGUGGCUCUGCAGUGGAUGCAUCUAUUGCUGCCUUGCUGUGUGUGGGGCUGAUGAAUGCCCACAGCAUGGGCAUUGGAGGAGGACUCUUCUUCACUAUCUAUGAUGCCAAAACUGGUACAGUCUGAGCCCUAAUCAUUGUAUUAAACCUAUAACAUAUUUAUUGAUGUCAACAAAUCCAACAAUGACACCUGAACUAAAAACAGGAAAUGUAAAAACUUGGUGUGAUGUUGUAAAGUUGAUUUUGACUUCCUUCAAAGGAAAGGUAGAGACCAUUAAUUCCAGGGAGACGGCUCCCGCCAACGCAACAGAGGACAUGUUUGGGAAUAGCACCCAGUUAGCUAAGAAAGGUAAUGUUUUACCAGUUACCUAACACCAGAAAAUGGAUGAAAGAUGUACGUUUACGACGAGAGAUGGCCUUGCGAUAGAGUCAAAAGAUACAGAGAUAAGAGCGGUACAGUAACGUUUGGCAGUAGGGUUUGGCAGGAGGGUUUGGCAGUAACAUUUGGCAGUAACGUUUGGCAGGAGGGUUGUCCAUCGCCAUACCAGGGGAGAUCCGUGGGUACGAGCUGGCACACCAUCGCCAUGGAAAUUUGCCAUGGAGAGAGCUGUUCCAGCCUGCAAUCCAGUUGGCACGGAAGGGCUUUCCUUUGGGCAGGGCUUUGGCCACUGCUAUCUCCAAGAACAGAGAAACCAUCACUGGUGACACAGCUUUAUGGUGAGAAUGCCAAGAAGGGAGACAUGAUAUGGAGUGGUGAUCUGAGUUACUGUACAGAGGGUCAAGUUUUCACAUGAGGAGAUACUUUACCUCCCCUUUUAAGAUGAUUUUCGCCCUUAUUCCCAAACAUGAGAGCUCAGUGUCUCAUAUGUUGUCUCUGACAUCUCUGUUUUUGGUCUCUCUUUCAGUGAGGUGUUUUGUGACAAAAAUGGUGCCAUCCUGAAGGAAAACGACAUCAUCACCUUUACUAAACUCGCUGACACCUAUGAAACAAUAGCAAAUGAGGGGCCUAAUGCUUUUUACGAAGGCCCACUGGCAGAGAACCUUGUGAGGGACAUUCAGUCAGCAGGUUGGCAUCGCCCUUAUUUCUACCAAAUAUUAACAAACUGCAAUUUUGAUUGAAUUUCAUUCAGGGUCUGCUGGCUGUACAUGUUAACAGAAACAGUGCCUUAUUGUCUGUUUACCGGUAUGUGUUUCAGAUGGUAUCAUCACACUUGAUGACCUAAAGAACUACAAGCCUUUUUUGGAUGAGAGUCCUCUCAAUGCUAAUGUGGGGGAGUACAUAAUGUAUGUGCCCAAUGCCCCAGCCAGUGGCCCUGUCCUGUCCCUCAUACUCAACAUCCUGGAUGGUAAGCCUUCAGCCUGAUGACACAGAGUUGCAUUCAAGAUCAAACUGUGGCCGUUUUUUUUAAGGAGGUUUGGAAAACUAUUUGAGUCACAUUUGGUCACCCUGUCACUCUCGUGCUAUGGUACAAGUGUAUAAGAGAGGUGGCAGCUGCUCCAGAUAGAAGUAAUUAAGAACCAAAGAUAAUCGUUUUCCCAGCCAUCACACCCGAGGCGCCCUGCUCUGCAGGCCUGGUACCUCGUCAGCACUGUUAACUUCGGAAAAUGAUGCUGAACUGUUCAUUUACAUUAUAGCAGCCCUGGUCUAUCUCAUCCAAUUACUGUAUGCACCAUAUCUCUCUCUUGACAAUGCAUAUUCAGAUAGAUAACCACCUUCUGUUCGGUGGUGGUGGUGCAGCUGACUGACCAGUAGUUGGGGUGUACAUCUCCUCUUCUCAUCCCCAGCUCUGUUUCAGCUUCACAUUAAUGCCUGGGGGUCUAUUGGAUAUCUAGUCCAUAGAGUUUCUCCUCCAGACUUCCUCUCUCUGCUUGUUCCCAGUACAGUAGCUAUAUAAUAUGACAGUGUCUGUCAGGGGAUUAGAUGGAAACUUUAUUCCAGAGUAUUUAAACUCCCUAAUUAAACUAAACCAUCGCUUCCUGUGGCUCCUCUGCCUGGCCACCCCACUUACUGUGUCUCUCUGCCUCUACUGCAAACACUAAUCUGACCGAUUUACCUCUAAUUGGACACAGACGAGUGGUGGGGGAAUCACAUAACACUAGCAUGCCAGGGCCCGCUCAAGCCCUUCAUCCUGACAGUUCACCAUGACUUCUGCUACUGCCUGUCAGCUGAAAUUCAUCAAACAAUUCCAUUCAGUUACAGUUCUCUCUCGUUUCUCCCAUCCUCUACAGCUGUGAACUAAAACAGUUCUAACACUGAUAGUCUGGACCUGGGAAACAGAAUGAACAGAAGUUUUAAAUUGAUAGUAAAACCCUUUGAAUGUCCACUUCACCUGAUCAAAUUGAAUGUACUGUAUUAUUGUUUAAUAACUGUAAUGAUGGUGGCUAUGGCUACCCUGUUUUCAGGAUACAACUUCACCUCAGACAGUGUCUCCAGCACUGAGAAGAAGGUCCUCACGUACCACCGCAUGGUCGAGGCCUUCCGAUUCGCUUAUGCCAAGCGAAGCAUGCUGGGAGAUCCAAGCUUCCUCAGCAUCUCUGAUGUAAGUCUCACCCCCAUCUUCCCCAGAGUUUAUAUUCAAUAGUUCUCUCAAUCACUUACUAAUCAUAUUCAAUCAACGGCUCAUAGUACUGUAUGUAUUAGAAUGUCAUGGGUCAAUAAGUUCAUGUUCAUUGGAGACAGAGUAAAUAUGGAUAUGAGUUCAGGUAGGCCUCCGAGCUACAGCAAAAAAUAAAAAGGUAAGAGGGAUGCUCGACAACAAUGACAAAAAAAAUCAAACAAAAGGGCUUGCCAAGAAAAACUUCAAAAAGGACUCAUUCGAAGUAGAAAGGAGUUUGAGCACUCAACAAAAAAGGAAUUCAUUUAUUUUUCUCAGCAUUAAUCCAUUGGAUGAGCAGUUACAGGUGACUGACGUUUCAACGUCAAGCUAACGUCUUCUUUAGAGUGACCCGACAAUUGCACUCAACUCCUAUUUAUAGCCUAGUGGCCUAUUGAGACACAACAAUGUGAAAUUAAACAUAAGUGUCAAUGGCUAAUAAUAGCACAAAAUAAUAAUAACAAAUAUCAGGUAUCUCGUCGAUUAAUAGGCCAUACCAAAAUAAACAAAGUAUUUACAUAGGUGAUAUUUGUUAUGGGGAUGUAGCUCAGUUGGUAGAGCAUGGCGUUUGCAACGCCAGGGUUGUGGGUUCGAUAAAAUAAUGUAUGUGCUAACUGUAAGUCGCUCUGGAUAAGAGCGUCUGCUAAAUGACUAAAAUGUAAAUGUAAUAUUUGGGUGUCUGUGAAAAUGGCAGCAGAGAGACCCAAGAAAUCAUGGCAACAUUCUAGAAACGAGGACAAUGAAAAAUCAUAGUUUAGCCCCUAUUCCUGCACCACAGGAAAUGCAGAUGAGCGUCGUGAUUUACAUAGAUUCACUGAAAACCCACACUAACACACAGUUAUAUUAAAAGUUUUGCACUUUUAAAGUAGCCUACAUUUGGCCAGCUAAUAGCCUAACCACCGAUCAAGCAACAUUACGUACUUAAUGUUCAAAUCCUGUUUUCUUGGUAAGCCAUUUUAUUAAAUAUGAAUAUGCUCAGAUAAGAGUUGAUUGGAUUAUUGAUUGAAAUGGACUUCAGUCUUCCAAGAAACACUAUUUGUACAGCUGCUAUGUUGACAUUUCUGUAAACCAUUUCUGUAAACCAGUACAGCUUCAUCAUUCUAGACUGUUCUAAAUGGUUGCUUUUAUUAAUGGGCAUUCAUUUGAAUGGCAGAGACUCAUUUUCCAGUCCCCUCUUCUCUUCAGCUCAUCCACAACAUGACCUCAGAUUACUUUGCCGAUUCCCUCCGUCAGAAGAUAACAGACGAUACCACCCAUCACAUGAACUACUAUGAGGCAGAGUACUUUGUCCCCGAGAACCACGGGACAGCACAUCUGUCUGUGGUGGCAGAGGACGGGAGUGCAGUGGCAGCCACCAGCACCAUCAACCAACUGUAGGAAUCAAGUUCCAGUUAAACAUUUGAUUAGAAAAAUGAACUGGAGCUAGUCCUCAUUGUCAUUAUUUCCUAUUUCCUUGCUAGUUUUGGCUCCAAAGUCAUGUCGCGCUCUACAGGAAUCCUCCUCAACAAUCAGAUGGAUGACUUCAGCUCACCCCUCAUCACAAAUGGCUUUGGAGUGCCUCCUUCACCAAACAACUUCAUCAGACCAGGUGAGGGCUACAUCUGACUACAGACGCCACACUUUUCAGUUCACCACCCGGCUCUGAUAGCCAGAAAUUGGUACUUGAUGGUGGGUAUGGAUGGGCCUAAUUCCCUUGUUAUCUCUCCCCAGGUAAGAGGCCCUUGUCUUCUAUGUGUCCAGCCAUUCUCUUUGACAAGGGGAGCAAGGAAGUCAAGAUGGUGGUGGGGGGCUCAGGAGGAACAAAGAUCACCACGGCAACUGCCACGGUAAACCAGGCUGCAAUGCCCUUUCGUUGCUGUGUGAAAAUACUCAUACUUUUGUCAUCUGUGACUGAAUUGUUGGCUGUUUAUUCUGCAGGUGAUUCUCAACACGCUGUUCUUUAACUAUGACCUGAAGAAAGCUGUGGCAGAUCCUAGAAUCCACAACCAGCUGAGUCCCAACACCACACUGGGAGAGCCUGGGUUUGACGAGGUAGGUUAGAUGAUUGAUGACAGUGAAUUCACAUACCCUACAGUGCAUAAAAAGGAGUGUCACAAUGAGUAUGCUUUCCUUACAGAGGGUGAUGGCAGGUCUGGCUUUGAAGAACCAUGAGACAGAGUUCCUGACAGCCACAGGGGCUGUGGUUCAGGUAGUGGUGCGCCAGGGGGACCAGCUCCAUGCUGAAUCCGACCCCAGGAAAUGGGGCUACGCUGCUGGGUACUGAGACCAACCACAGACCCCUGCUCCCACGAACUGAG